AUGGAUGAGUUGGUUACCUACGUCUCCUCUGAAAUACCUUCUGAAUUUUCAAUCUCAUCUACGCUGUACUUCUCCCAACAAAUCGUCUUGUUUUUUGAACUUCUUCUUUCUUCUCCUACUGGGAUCCGUGACUCACUUCGCAAUUGCUUAAUCCGUAUUUCACCUGCAGCUAGUCUUAGUCCUGUGCCCGUGGGCAAGCCUCCAGAAGACUCGCAAGUUUCCUGCGUCAGCCAAUCUUCUUUGGACUUGGAGCCAGAUAUCUGUUACCUUGUUGAUGCGGACUUGAUAGCACGUUCUAAAACGAAUUCCUCUCAGCAUUCAGACUCCUUUCAGAACGGGUCUCCAAAAGUUUCCAAUUCAAAGCGAAUUUGUGACGACUACCCACUUUGCAUUUCAUAUUUGGUUCGGGGUGAGUCCUUUGAAAGAUAUUUUAAUUAUAUAAUAAAAAACAUUUUUUUCAGUGAAUGA